AUGCCGAAUCCCGCGCCUCCUGAUGUCGUCAUAUUUGGGCCCAAGACCAAAUGCACACUCGACAACUGCCCUGUGGAGUGGAGCAUCUACGGCUUUCAACCUUCUCUCGCGGCUAAUAUUGCUUUACUAGCUAUAUUCGCUGUCAUUGGAAUUUUACAUGCCUAUCUGGGGUUCAGAUGGCGGAGCUGGGGCUUCAUGGUGGGCAUGCUCCUCGGCUGCCUCAGCGAAGCCAUUGGUUAUAUAGGACGGAUAAUGCUGCAUAGCAACCCCUUCUCAUUCAUCGGCUUCAUGAUCCAGAUCGUGUGCCUCACCAUCGCACCCGUCUUCUUCUCGGCGUCCAUUUACGUCACCCUUUCCAAAGCCAUCGCCUACUUUACCCCAGACCUGUCCCGUUUCCGGCCGCAACUUUUCUACUGGAUCUUUGUCCCCCUUGACGUCGUGUGCCUCGUGCUCCAGGCUGCUGGUGGCGCCCUAUCCACCAACUCGACCGGCAGUGACGAAAACGGCGUCAACAUCUCCAUGGCUGGUCUCGUAUUGCAAGUCAUUGUUAUAACCGUCUUUAUUGCCUUCUUCGCGGACUACAUGAUUCGGUACCAGCGUUCUGGCCGCGCGCGAACCUUCGACUGGCGCCUGAAGAUCUUCUUUUUGGGUCUCUCCGUGUCGAUUGUGCUGAUCCUGGCUCGUUGCGCCUAUCGCGUGGCAGAGUUGAAGGAUGGCUAUGGCGGAAGCUUGAUUCGCGAGCAAGUUCCCUUUAUUGUAUUUGAGGGCAUCUUUAUCGUAGUGGCUGCUGUGGCUUUGUUCUUUGGCCAUCCCGGGUUGGUGUUCCAAGAUUCCCUGUCGCAGAGCCGCUCGGUUAAAGGCGACGAGAGCGGCUUUGCGCUUCCCCAAAAGUAG